CACACUGAGCCGCUGAAUGAGUGACCGCCUGGGAGUCCCUUCCCUUCCCUCCUUCCUUCCUUCCUCCCUCUGUCAACACCUACUUUGUUGUGGUGCGGUGAGGACGGAAGCUCUGUUUGUACUACGAGCUGUUAUUUUUUCUCAGUGCGUAUUUACGCGCGGUCGAUGCGAAUCUCUAGUCAUCAGCGAGCGGAAAGAGGUGGGACUUCAGAUACGUACUUAUAGCAAUAAUCUGGGUUCAUACGAGGUGUUCUUGGUGGCAGGAGUGAGGAUCAUUAUUAAACACUGUUAUGCGGCGGACAGAGGAGCGCACACAGCAGCCGUCAUGGAUUUAAAUGAUGCCAAGACACGUAACCACGAACUGGUGCCACACAAAGGCUUCAAACUGAUCAACGGGACUCAUGAUCCAGAUGAUGUGGACCAGAUUUACAACCUGGAGAUCCGAGAAUCUGAUGUGUUUGUCGUCACAUACCCCAAAUCAGGGACCAUCUGGAUGCAGCAGAUUCUGCUGCUCCUCGAGUCAAAGGGAGAUGUGACAGCCUUCAGUAAACUCAACAACUCCUCUAACGGUGAUCUCAUCCCCUGGAUCGAGCUAAACGGUAACAGACAAGCUUUCAUCACAGCUCCAUCUCCCAGACUGAGGGUCACACAUCUGCAGCACCAGUUCAUGCCCUCUGCUCUGGGUCAGAAGAAGGGAAAGGUGAUCUAUGUGGCAAGAAAUCCCAAAGAUGUCCUCGUGUCUUACUUCCACUUCCACAAGCUGGCAAACAUGUUGGAGACGCCAAAGGACUUCAAUGACUUCUUUGAGAAAUUUAUGAGAGGAGAUGUGUUUGGAUGCAGCUGGUUUCAUCACAUUAAGACUUGGUACUCACGAAAGGAUGACAUGAACAUGCUGUUCAUCACGUAUGAAGAAAUGAUUCAGGACCUGGAGUCUGCAGUGAAGAAGAUUUCCUUGUUCCUGGGUAAAGAGCUGACUGAUGAGCAGCUGGCCAACGUGGUGAAACACAGCACCUUCAACAACAUGAGGAAGAUCCCUCAGGCCAGCUACGAGCAGGUGCCAGGUGACCUGCUCAACCACCACCAGGGAAGAUUCAUGAGGAAAGGCACCAUCGGUGACUGGAAGAAUCACUUUACUGUGGCUCAGAACGAGAGGUUUGAUGAGGUCUUCUACAGAGAGAUGAAGGACUUUCCUCUGUCUUUUAUCUGGGACAUCAGAGACAUUGAAUGAUCAGUUGUUGCUUUUAUGACAACAUUAAGAAGAUGACAAUCACAGCUGGAGCAUGGUGAACUCUUUGCUAUACCUUCUACCAUACUAGUAUCUUUAUAUACUUUAGCCUAUGAGGCAACAUUUCACUAAAGCACAUCAGUUUUUUCCUUCCCUCCAGGCAGCCAUCAGUUUCCAUUCAUUUUGGAACUUUAAAAAUCUAUGCAAAUCUGUGUUGUGAUCAGAAUAUGUUGUAUUUUUGACAUCAGAAGAAUUAAUUUUGUUACGGUCAUACAGUAUGUAUGUUGUGAUCUCAGUGCAGCAAGCCUUGUUUUGUGGUGUAUGGACCCACUGUUACACAUCUGCAGAGAAUCUACAGCCUGCUGAGUCAGGUAAUCCCUCACAGGGAACAUGUCUGUUUAAUUGUUGUCGCUUCAUUGUUGUGUCUUGGUAAUGCAGCGCUGACUCUUCACGCCAAUCCUUACUUGACAGUACUAAAAGCAAGCUGUCUGUUCACUGUACUGGAUUAUAUCAAGCAGUUUUAAAGUCUGUGGUGAAAAGAGAGGCCUAGUAAACCUCAUCUGAGUUCAAACAUGGUAUGUUCUAUGGGAUGACUUCUGUGGCUGCUAAAUAUACUGUAUGGGUCUAAGCUGAUGGUCAUAUAGAUCAGAGUGACAACAUGUCAUCUAAGUCUGUACAAGGGAUCACUAACCUGCAGUCCAACUCCAGUCAGGAAACUGAUGACUUAAGACUUGACAAAAUCAUAAAGACCAGCAACUAAACUUUGAUUUCAACACCAGUGACUCGUGUCUUAACUUAGACUUCAGCCUUUCCUGGAAAGACAUGAUAUCCUCUGUGUACCUGAAGAUUCAAACUCUUUGUUUUCCUGACAACAGGUACAGUUUUAAUCAGCUUAGUUUUAGCCAACCAUGUUGCAGAACAGGAGGUAAGAGUGUUUGACAGUGCAAAGCUGCAGACAGAUGAUACCUCAGAUUAUGACAUUCAGAUGUAAAGACUCAUCAACUAAAACAGACUGCAACACAUGAUGGUAACUAUGUCACAGCAGUAACACACACACACAAUCAGGUUGAUUUUAAAUGUUAUGAAGUUUUUAUACUGUAAAUACAAUUUACUGUACUGUUAACCUGUUGAAAUCACUGACGUUUGACUUCACAGCCAUGACUUGGAACUUUGUCCCACCUCUGCUACAAACAGCGUGUUAAUUUAGUCCUAGGACACAGUUAUUACCUCUGUAUAUUUAUGUGUAUGGAACAAUAGUAAUGAUGCUUUAAUAUUUUUUAUGUAGGAUACAUUAAACUCUACAAAUCCAUCUGAACCAUGUUGUUGUGUAACAGUAUGAAAUGAGAAUGAUGAUGUGUUUUUCCUGUAACUGAUGUUACCAUGUGAUGAUAAAGGCUGGCUGUGGAGAGACAAUACAGCGGAACACUGAAGUUAACCAAUGAUGCUUGGUCAGUUUUAGAGUUUUGAGUUGGAGUUUUAGUUCUGUUCUGUUUAGUUCUGUUCAGUAAUCACAUAUUAGCAGAUUUAAAUGACAUGUUUUUCAUAUUAUACUGUAUUGUAUUCACUUCUUAUUUGACUCUUUGUGUUAAGACAGUCAACACUGAUGCAUUGUAAAUUUCCCCAUUGUGGGACUAAUAAAGGAUUAUCUUAUCUUGACAA